GAUUACUUUCACUUUUACUUUGAAGAGGAGAAGCACAAAGCAGCGACAAACAGGUGGAAAUAAAUCAGGAAUAGAUUUAGAGCUGUGUAUAGAUCAAGAAUGAGCUACGACAGAGCCAUCACUGUGUUCUCUCCAGACGGACACCUGUUCCAGGUGGAAUAUGCCCAGGAGGCGGUGAAGAAGGGUUCAACUGCAGUGGGGGUGAGAGGCAAAAACAUCGUUGUGCUCGGGGUUGAGAAGAAAUCAGCAGCCAUGCUUCAGGAUGACAGAACAGUGCGAAAAAUCUGUGCUCUGGAUGAAAACGUCUUCAUGGCAUUUGCUGGCCUGACUGCAGAUGCGAGAAUUGUGAUCAACAGAGCCAGGGUAGAGUGUCAAAGCCACAGACUGACUGUAGAGGAUCCAGUCACUGUAGAGUACAUCACACGGUACAUCUCCAGCAUGAAACAGCGUUACACGCAGAGUAAUGGAAGGCGGCCUUUUGGGAUCUCCUCCCUCAUCAUGGGGUUUGAUUUUGAUGGAACACCCAAUCUGUAUCAGACCGACCCUUCUGGAACAUACCACGCCUGGAAGGCAAACACCAUUGGGAGAUCAGCAAAAACUGUUCGAGAAUUCCUGGAGAAGAACUACAAAGAGGAAGACAUGGAGUCGGAUGACAUGGUCUUAAAACUGGCAGUCAGAGCCCUGCUAGAGGUGGUGCAAAGUGGUGGAAAAAAUAUUGAACUGGCUACAAUGAAGCGUGGUGAAACCAUGAAGAUUUUAGAGCCUGAAGAAGUGGAGAAGAUAGUGUCUGCUCUGGAGAAAGAAAAGGAGGAAGCAGAUAAGAAAAAGAAAGCUGCAACAUCCUGAACAAGAUGAUCGCCAUCAGAAAGCCAGUUGUUGGCAAUUAAUGCACUAAAGGUUGAGGUUUAUCAGCCAUUUUUAUUAAUAAUGGUUCUUUUUUUUGUACAAAGUCCCCAGUUAAUUCAUGUGCAAAAACAAAAGAAACAAAAAAGGCUCUUAAAUCAACAGUUGGGGACAAAUGCCAAAGGCUGACAUGAAUCAAAUUUACAUUAUGCAAUUACUGUAUUAUUUACAUCAUAAAGCAUAAAUAAAAGUGCUUUACUUGGA